AUGAAGCUUAUUCUGAAGAAGCUCAACGGCGAUAAGUGGAGCUGGCCGUUCCUAGCGCCAGUUGAUGGAGAAAUGGUCCCUGAAUACUACGAUUACAUCGAAUACCCGAUUGAUCUCAAAACGAUGUCGGAGCGCAUUCGAGCUAAGUACUACGUGCAUCAACACUUAUUUAUUGCCGACUUGUGCCGCAUGUUCGCAAAUUGCUACAGUUUCAAUGGCGUAGAUACGGAGUAUUAC